GCUUUUUGUGCAGGUAUUGUAUUAUUUCUAUUUUCUUAUUAUUUGGUGGAAGUCCUUGUGGGUACAUGACGAAUCAUUGUUUGUUGCAACACUUUGUACAUAGCAGUUGUAAAUAGAGUUUGUAGAAUGAGCUCGGUUAACCGCUCCACUGCUCGUGGUGGCAAAGGUGCUAAGCUGGACGCUUGCUCUUCAAAUAAAACACAGAAGUCAGACUCAAAAUCAGACUCGCCAAAAUCGUUGGAUCCAAAGAUACAGCCUACAGCUGAACAGAUGAGAAUCGCACAAAUUAUUGAGACCAAAUUUGAAGAUGCCGAUUUAAAAGACAAAAUCAAACAGGUGAUGGACGCCACACGCAAGUCUGAGGACGAGGUAUGCACCGCUCUGCACGACUGUGAUAACGACCCGGACCGGGCCGUCAACAUGCUGCUGGAGGGUAUGGCCCAGGGAGAAUGGGAGACGUCGGUUAAAAAGAAGAAAAUACGGCAGCCAAGCACAGCGAAGUCGGAAUCGCCAGGAAACAACCGGGACACUGAUCAGGAAGACUGGUCGGUGGAGCGGGAGACAAAUCCCGAGAGGGAGCGCUCGCGGACGCGAGGGGGCGGUCCCCCCAGAAUGAGGGGACGGGGCUCCCUCGACAACAGAGGUUGGCGGGGCAGGGAGAACAAGGAGAAUGAGAGGAACCUGGAGGACAGCCGGGAAGGGGGCUAUCGCCGGGGCGUGGGCCGCAUGAUGAACGGCCCGGGCCGGUCCGGCCGCGGGGGCCGGGGGGGCGGCCGCCUGGGGCCCAGGACCUUCCAGAGCCGCGACAAGAGCGGCUUCUCCCGCCCCAUCGAGACGUGGAACAACCCCUGCGCGGAGGACAGUUCCGGGGAUGCUCUCAAAAUGGGAAAGUUGGGCAACAGCGUGGACGCGGCAGAAGACUGGAACGACGACACCUACGAUGCCAGGUGUGGUCCGAACAUAAGUGGUGGUAACGUUUCAGACAAAUGGCGCGACGAUUUCCCGUCGCCCGAGGAAUGGGAUAACGAGGAGUACACCGGCUCGCUGGCGGAUAGCAAGGUAUUCACGCCGAGCGGCGGGGCGGCGGAGCCCUCCGCGGCGGGCGCGGAGCCGCUCGCGGAGACCACAAACGUGGCGGAGGCCGUGCAGCCGUUCACGGCACAGAGCUUGUCGAGUAGCGUCGCGGUGAGCUCCGGCCAGGACGUCCACACGGCGGCGCCCCAGCUCCCCCAAAGCCCCAUCCAGGUGAGCAUGGGCACCCUGAGUGCCGCGCAGUCCGAGUACCUGAGCCAGUUCACGCAGCCGGAGAGCCUCAAGGCAGCGGUGGGGGCGCCCAGCUCGUUCGGGGCGGCCAACACCAGCUACGCGACGACCCCCUCCACCGCCUACCAGACACCCAGUCCCCCGUCUGGCUUCACCGCCACCUCAGCGUCUUUCUCGUCGACCAACUACGUGGGCUCGUCGAGCAGUUACGGGGUCCAGAUGCAGGAGGACCCCAGCCUGGAGGUGCCGUCGUCUGCCGCCCCGCCCGCUCAGACCCUGCCGUCGCGGACCAAGACGCAGAGGCCGAGGGUUCCACCACCUUCCAAGAUCCCGUCGAGUGCAGUGGAGAUGCCCGGGGACGCGGUGAGCAACAACAUCGCGUACCUGGACGUGCAGUUCGGCGGGCUCGAGUUCGGCAGCGAGACGGGCUCCUUCGACGCCGCGGCGGCGGCAGCUGCGGCUGCCACGUCGACGGCCAGCCAGCAGCCGGCCAAGUACCAGGGCAGCGUGCUGGACUCCCUGCCCUCGACACGCACGCCCGCCAACCUCGCAGACCUCGCCGCCAGCUCCCAGACCUCCGCGCUCGACGGCUACUCCUCGUCGUCCGUGCAGAAGUCCACCCUCGUCCAGAACCAGAAGCUGUCGAGUGUUGACUCGUCGAUCCUGUCGUCGUCGGAGCACGGCAAGUCGAGCCAAGUGAACUACUCGCAGCCGGCCCGGGUGUCCGGGUCGUCGACGGGGCUGGACAUGGACAAGAACGACGUGGGCCUGUCGUACUCUGUCGCCAACACGGCGAGCUACCAGUCAUACCAGCAGAGCCAGAAGUCUGGCAGCUCCAGCUACCAGCAGCCUGCCUCGAGCUACUCCACGUCCAACUACUCAUCUCCACAGGUGUCAGCGUCGACGACGGUGUUCCCGGCCAACCAGGUGCAGAUGAGCUACGCGUCAAACUCUCAGCCCAGCUCCUUCCAGACAAGUUCCUACUCGCAGGCGAGCAUGGGGUACCAGGGAGGGGGAGGCGGCUACCCCUCGCUCACCCAGGCAGGCAGCACCAGCACCUUCUCGGCCGCCACCCCCGCCUACCAGGGCUCGGUGUACGGGGCGACGCAGUCCGUGUACGGGAGCUACGUGCCGGCCGCAGUCAGCACCCCCCACUACCAGAACAGCUACGGGCAGACCGCGGCGACCACCACGCAGAACCACGCCAAGCUGGGCUCCUCUCUCAACUCGGCGCCGAACAACUCUCAGUACGAUGCAGCAGUGGCGACGACGUGCUCGAGCCUGAGCAGCACUAACAGCAGCACGACGCUGGCAGUGAACGUGAACGCCUCCCCCGCGCUGGGGCUGACCGCCAGCCAGACAGUCAGCUCAACCUCCACCAAGGUCUCCAGCUCCUCGGCGGGCAAGAGCAGCAUGGUGACGGGCAUGCCUCCUGGAGUGACGCCCAUCAUGGGCGCGCACCAGUACAUCAUGAGCCAGGGCGGCCUGCCGUACUUCCAGCAGCCCGUCUACACCUAUGAGGACCUGCAGUUGGUGCAGCAGAGGAUACCUCACAUGACUGCGACGGGUUACUACGACAUGGGUUUCCAAGCGCCCACGAGCCUGGCGACGGGUCGGGAAGGCACGCUGGCCAACGUGGCGUACUCCAUGUCGGACAGCCGCUUUGCGCGGACGGACAACGCCUCCCCCGUGCCCUCCACCAUACCUCAGCAGAACGUGACGCAGGCUCACCAGCAACCCAUGCUGAAUGCCACCACCCUGCCCCCGGCCUAUGCGUACUUCUACGGAGGAGGCAUGAUGCCCGGCAGCUUCCAGUACGGGACGCCAGCGCUCUACCCGAUGCCGCCGGCCACGAACACGCACGGCAGCAGCUCCUCCACGCAGUACGCCAAGCCGGGCAGCUACAGCUCCGGCUACGGCCCGGGCUACGACGGCCUGACCCAGAACCCCGACUACGGCAAGACGGGCUACGUGUCGGCCAGCCAGGCCCAGGGCAAGGCGGGCGCCAGCGCCGGCUCGGGGGGGAGCUCCGCCGCCGAUCUCAGCGCGCCCAUGUACGGUGCCAAGUCUCACGUCGCUCUCAGCAAGGUCAACUCGUAUGAGAAGCAGGGGUUCCACUCGGGCACGCCGCCGCCCUUCAACAUGGCGGGCAGCCAGAGCACGCCCAUGACGCCCGGCGGGGCGUACGGCCCGCACCUCUUCAUCCCCACCAUGCCGCCGCACCAGCAGCACCACUCCACGCAGCUCAUGCACCAGCCGCUGCACCAGAUGGAAAUGAGAAAUCCAGGCCGACGCUCCGAGGGAAGCGGCAGCUCCACGCAGCGUGCGCAGUCAGCAGCCCAGCCCAAGGCGGGGGGCAAGCAGGGCUACAGCCCGUCCUAUUGGACCCCCAACUGAGCUAGCCCGACCCCCACCCUGUCUUAUUUUACCUUCACGAAACAGUCUCUUUGUUUUUUUUUUUUGUCUCGUUUUGUUUUCCCCUCGAGAACCAUUCAACAUUGUAAAAUUUUUCCGCGACAUAUAUACAUGUACAAAUUUGUGCUGCGGGCAGGAAACACUGGGUGUAACUUGGAUUGCAGCGCGCCCCUGUUUGCAGUUAUGGCCAUGCAGUACCUCUCUGUAGCUGUUCGGUUGAUCACUAGAGGAUUUUCUGCAGUUUUCGUUGUGUUUGUAUCUGUAAAAUUUGAUGAUUAUUAUCAUUUUCAUUUUGUUAGCUUCAGAUAAAGCGUGUAGGGAAUGUUUGUGCAUUUUGUAUCAUAAGGGAGUAGAUGUUCUGGUUUUGCUGUAUAGUUUACCCUGAUCAGUGUUGAAUCUAAAUAAAUUCCAUAUGAGUUGUUAAAA